CAACGGGUUGAGUCAAGAGGAAGAUUUUAGCAGAGAGGAAGAGGAAGCAGACUGUCUUCACACACCAGCCGGGCGACGCUUUCAGCCUGCUUUUGACAGUUUCCGCAGGUUUAAACAAGCCUGCCCGCCUGCCUGCCUGCUCUUCCGCCCUUAUAGUUUACAAAGAGGCUUUGCCGUCCUGUGAAAGAAGAAUCCACACUGGCUUUUGAUGAUUUAAGGGGAGAAUUAUUCUAGUCUCGACAAGAUACUUGGGUCACAAUACAAGGCGGCAAACAUGCUUCGAGAGAUCCAGGAGAUUGGCUCACACGCCAUGGAUAUCUACGACUACCUCUUGGCGGGAAUUGAUCCGCGGCUGAAGGGAUAUCCACUGAUGCAGAGUCCUAUUCCCAUGUCCGCAAUACUGCUGAGUUACCUGUUCUUUGUACUGUACCUGGGACCUCGCUUAAUGGCCAAUCGCAAGCCCUUCCAGCUCAAGGAAGCCAUGAUAGUAUACAACUUCACUCUAGUGGUGCUCUCGAUAUACAUCGUCUAUGAAUUCCUGAUGUCUGGUUGGCUCACAUCAUAUACCUGGCGAUGUGACGCAGUUGAUACGUCCGACAGUCCUGAAGCACUUCGAAUGGUCCGAGUGGCCUGGCUGUUCUGGUUCUCCAAGAUUAUUGAGCUCAUGGACACACUGUUCUUUGUGUUGAGGAAAAAGCACGGCCAGGUCACCUUCCUACACAUCUUCCACCACUCCUUCAUGCCCUGGACCUGGUGGUGGGGAGUUGGCUAUGCUCCUGGUGGAAUGGGAUCUUUCCAUGCCAUGGUGAAUUCUACCGUCCACGUCAUCAUGUAUUUCUACUAUGGCCUUGCUGCUGCUGGACCACGCUUCCAGAAGUUUUUGUGGUGGAAGAAAUACAUGACUGCCAUUCAGCUGACCCAGUUUGUCUUGGUAUCUCUCCAUGCUACCCAGUAUUACUUCAUGGACAGCUGCGACUACCAGUUCCCCAUGAUCCUCCACCUCAUCUGGAUAUACGGAACCUUCUUCUUCGUGCUCUUCUCCAACUUCUGGAUCCAGGCUUAUGUGAAGGGUAAACGGUUGCCCAAACAGGACGUUAAGCAGUGUCAGAAUGGCACAGCCGUCUACACCAACGGCAAACACUACGAGAACGGCAUCAACCACGGAGCCACCAACGGCACCAGCAAUGGCUCAGCUCGCCACGAGAAUGGCAGCGCUCACAUGAACAAGAUGAAGAAGGCCUAGGAUCUCUGGAAGGAAACACCCAAGAAGUAUGACCCAGAAAACCUGUUAAAAGUAUGGUUUCCAAAGAUAGUUUUGGCUGUGUUUCUUUUCCUGUUUUUAGUUGUGUAUGCAACAAAUGGGGAAAUGAUGUUGUCAAUGAUCUCCACAGUUGGGGUCCCACAUAUGGUUGGUUGUUUUGUUUGUUUUUUUAUUUGGAACGCCAUUUAUGAAACAAAAUGUAUGAAGAGAAGAUGUUUUGACCUAAAUGUUAUCUUCACUGAUGUUGCAACAACCACCCAGUUCAGUAGGACACUGGUGGCCUUUCACCCCACUUGCCUUCACUACUUAUCUGACUCCGACGUUGUUCUGACCCCCCUGUGGACAGAUGACUGUACAGUUUCUAUCGAACUUGAAAAUACUUUUUGUAAAUAGUUUUACAGCAAACAAAAGAAUAACUAAUUGUAUUGGUAUGCUUUAGACUUUCUAAAUUUUGUUAUAUUGUGUAUUUAAAAUUAAAUGCCAAUAAAUUCAAUUUUAAAUUAUCUUA